ACACACAGCAUUAAUAAACACACAGCAACACACACAUCUUUACAACAUCAGUCUCACACACACACACUGAUUCUCAGGUGAUGAAUUCACAUCUGCAACAUCUUCACCACAGAAAGUGUCACAUCUUGAUUUUAUUCAAAAUACACUGCAGCAUUGUGAUCACACACACACACACACACACACACACACACACACACACACACAGGUGCACAAACCCCACAUGUGAACUUCCUGUUGCAGUGUGUUUUUUGAGUUUGAAUGAAACCGUCUGUACUGGUCUCUCAGUGUCUGUACUGGACUCUCAGUGUCUGUACUGGUCUCUCAGUGUCUGUACUGGACUCUCAGUGUCUGUACUGGACUCUCAGUGUCAGUGUCUGUACUGGACUCUCAGUGUCAGUACUGGACUAUCAGUGUCUGUACUGGACUCUCAGUGUCUGUACUGGACUCUCAGUGUCAGUGUCUGUACUGGACUCUCAGUGUCUGUACUGGACUCUCAGUGUGUGUCUGUACUUGGUCUAUCAGUGUCUGUACUGGACUCUCAGUGUCAGUGUCUGUACUGGUCUAUCAGUGUCUGUACUGGACUCUCAGUGUGUGUCUGUACUGGUCUCUCAGUGUGUGUCUGUACUGGACUAUCAGUGUCUGUACUGGUCUCUCAGCAUCUGUACUGGACUCUCAGUGUGUGUCUGUACUGGACUAUCAGUGUCUGUACUGGUCUCUCAGCAUCUGUACUGGACUAUCAGUGUCUGUACUGGACUCUCAGUGUGUGUCUGUACUGGUCUAUCAGUGUCUGUACUGGACUCUCAGUGUCAGUAUCUGUACUGGUCUAUCAGUGUCUGUACUGGUCUAUCAGUGUCAGUGUCUGUACUGGUCUCUCAGCAUCUGUACUGGACUAUCAGUGUCAGUGUCUGUACUGGACUCUCAGUGUGUGUCUGUACUGGACUAUCAGUGUCUGUACUGGACUAUCAGUGUCUGUACUGGACUCUCAGUGUCUGUACUGGACUCUCAGUGUCAGUGUCUGUACUGGUCUCUCAGUGUCUGUACUGGACUCUCAGUGUCUGUACUGGACUCUCAGUGUCAAUGUCAGUACUGGACUAUCAGUGUCUGUACUGGACUCUCAGUGUCAGUGUCUGUACUGGACUCUCAGUGUCAAGUGUCUGUACUGGUCUCUCAGUGUCUGUACUGGUCUCUCAGUGUCAGUGUCUGUACUGGACUAUCAGUGUCUGUACUGGUCUCUCAGCAUCUGUACUGGUCUAUCAGUGUCUGUAAUGGACUAUCAGUGUCUAUACUGGACUCUCAGUGUCAGUGUCUGUACUGGACUAUCAGUGUCUGUACUGGACUCUCAGUGUCAGUGUCUGUACUGGACUAUCAGUAUCUGUACUGGACUCUCAGUGUCAGUGUCUGUACUGGUCUCUCAGUGUCUGUACUGGUCUGUCAGUGUCUGUACUGGACUCUCAGUGUCUGUACUGGUCUCUCAGUGUCUGUACUGGUAUCUCAGUGAGUGUCUACUGGUCUGUCAGUGUGUGUCUGUACUGGUCUCUCAGUGUCAGUGUCUGUACUGGUCUGUCAGUGUCUGUACUGGACUCUCAGUGUGUGUCUGUACUGGACUCUCAGUGCGUGUCUGUACUGGUCUGUCAGUGUCUGUACUGGACUCUCAGUGUCUGUACUGGUCUGUCAGUGUCUGUACUGGACUCUCAGUGUGUGUCUGUACUGGUCUGUCAGCGUCUGUACUGGACUCUCAGUGCGUGUCUGUACUGGACUAUCAGUGUCUGUACUGGACUCUCAGUGUCAGUGUCUGUACUGGACUCUCAGUGUCAGUGUCUGUACUGGACUCUCAGUGUCUGUACUGGACUCUCAGUGUCAGUGUCUGUACUGGACUAUCAGUGUCUGUACUGGUCUCUCAGUGUCAAGUGUCUGUACUGGUCUCUCAGUGUCUGUACUGGUCUCUCAGUGUCAGUGUCUGUACUGGACUAUCAGUGUCUGUACUGGUCUCUCAGCAUCUGUACUGGUCUAUCAGUGUCUGUAAUGGACUAUCAGUGUCUAUACUGGACUCUCAGUGUCAGUGUCUGUACUGGACUAUCAGUGUCUGUACUGGACUCUCAGUGUCAGUGUCUGUACUGGUCUCUCAGUGUCUGUACUGGACUCUCAGUGCAGGUCUGUACUGGUCUCUCAGUGUCUGUACUGGACUCUCAGUGCGUGUCUGUACUGGUCUGUCAGUGUCUGUACUGGACUCUCAGUGUGUCUCUGUACUGGUCUGUCAGUGUCUGUACUGGACUCUGUGCGUGUCUGUACUGGUCUGUCAGUGUCUGUACUGGACUCUCAGUGCGUGUCUGUACUGGACUCUCAGUGUGUCUCUGUACUGGUCUGUCAGUGUCUGUACUGGACUCUGUGCGUGUCUGUACUGGUCUGUCAGUGUCUGUACUGGACUCUCAGUGUGUGUUUGUACUGGUCUGUCAGUGUCUGUACUGGACUCUCAGUGCGUGUCUGUACUGGACUGGUUACUCUACAAAUUACUAGUUACUUCUCUAAAUUUGUAAUCAAGUUACUUUAUGGAUUACCUUGUGAACUUUUUAAAAAGGCAUUUGCCAUUACACUCAACAAAUAAACAGCUGUG